UUAACCCGCCAAUCCCAGGGUGCUCCAAGAUCUCCAGUAGUUUCUAGUGAAAAAUCAAAUCUUUUACCACAUCCAUUUUCCCUCCUGGAUAUUUAUCUAAAAGCACCCGACCCAGCCCACAGAUAUUUUUAUCCGAGAUUUCCAGUAGUUUCUAGUGAAAAAUCAAAUAAAAUCAAAAUCUUUUACCAUAUCCAUUUUCCCUCCUACGUAUUAAUCUAUAAGCAAUUUAAAAAUUGUACCGAUGUGUCAGCACACAAGAUUAGAAAAAUCCUAAGUUUCGUACAAGUAUAAAUAUCUUGACUUACACGGUUAUAAGUGGCUUUAUUUGUUUCCUUCUCAGCAAACGGCAGUUACAGCCAACCUCAAUUUACUCUCUCGCUAAAAUUUAGGUAUUUAGGUCAAGUUUCGCCUCAAGAUCUUGGAUUCACGGAACUUUGUUGAAGAGACAGAACAGGACAAAGAUGGCAUUGGGGAAGAAAUGUGGUUGCAAUUCCCAGAGGGGAAAUGGAGGGUUUGGGAUGGGGUUGGUCAGGAGCACCUCAUUUGGGCGGAAAAGGGUUGCUUUACCAUCCAAUGAUGUGAUGGAAAUUGAUUGCUUUGAUAGAACUCCCACCAAAAAACGCUGCAGCUAUGAGGCCUCAUUUUUCACUUCAGACAAGUCUACUCUUGAAGCAUUGCCUCAAGAUGUCCUGAUUAGGAUAUUAUGUGGUGUUGAACAUGAUGAUUUGAAGAGGCUGUUUUUUGUGUCCAAAUCGCUAAGAGAAGCGACUUUGAUUGCAAAGCAAUGGCAUUUUGCAUAUAGUACCCCCAGGAAGACCCUUGGAUUUCCAAAUGCUAUUGAUUUGGAAAAUCUGGAUGAGUUCAAUGAAAUCGAACAAGCUCCAAGGCAAGUGAGAAUUCCGAGGGCUCGAUUGAGCAGCAAGAAGUUGGCUGACAUUUCGGUGGCCUUAUUUACUUCUGCUGGCGAAGAGAAUUGGCCACGAAGAGAGCUAUUUGUGGCAAUGGAUGCAGAAAUAUGAGUUGAAUAAUCUAUGAAGAUCCAGAACGGUCUUCUUCUUGUUGUACAAUUGGUAACUUGGUUAAGCUAAAUAGAUAGAAGACAGAGAGAAAAAUCUGACGUGCGGGUCAGAUUUUUUGAUAGUUUGUACAUGACAAAACAAAUCCAUGCAGGCCCAUUUUCUUCAAUUCUUUCAUUGAAGAUAGGAUUGGCUUGUUUAUACUUUGUUUGUACAUGUAGAAGAAAUGGUUUAGGGAUUUCAUUUAAGGAGCUGUAGUGGCCCUUUUUAUUCUCAAAGGCGUGUAUAUAUGAGCCUCCUAGCUCUUUGGUAAACUUAUUCGAAUUGGUUGAAUGAAUACAUCUCUUCCAAGCUGAUUUUGCAA